UUACAACCACCCAAAAUCUCACCAUCAUCGAACCAAUAUCUGCUCACACAUACCAGUCAACACAACAACUGAAAGAAGACAACAACAAAGAUGAAGCUCAAACUUUUCACCCUCGGAGUAGUCUCCCUCGUCUCCCUCGCCCUCGCCCACCCCGCAGCUCCUACAACUCCCGCAUCUCCAACCCCCUCCUCCCUAGGUCUAGUCCCUCUCCCUCUCCCUCUCCAUCUCCCGAACAACAACAACAACAACAACAAUCACAUCACAGGCAACUUCUCGCACUCCUGCGACCAAAUCACCUUGAUGAACAAGUACUUCCUCGCCGCGACUUGCAGUCCUAUCACUAUCGAGCCUGGUUCUGCCGCUCCCAGCCCGUCGGAAGAUGGGAAUCAUGAUUUUCAGGUUCAGGUUCCUCCGGCCCCGGAGUUCAACCAGCUCGACCUAAACAUGUGUAUCGGGUUCGACCAAGGGACCCAAGGGACCGGGACCGGGACCGCGGGGCGACCGGAGAGUGGUGGAGGCGGGGUUUAUGGUGGGAGGUUGAUUUGGCAGGCGCUAGGUAAAUUCGCAAACUACUGCACCGAUUGCAACCUCACCACUGGCCGCCCGGGUCUGUCUGAACUCGAGUGUAGCUGUGUCCCGAUGACCGGUGGUCCUGGGGCUACUAGUGUUACGGUUUUGGAUCUUGACGAAGGCGUGGAGAACAGAAAUGGUACACUUGUUUGCCGUGGUGGGAUGGGCUCGGGGAUUGGUCCUGGUCCUCUUCUGCCUGAGGACUGAGGAGUGAGGACUGAGGAGUGUGGGAAGAGUGGAAGGAGAGCGAGAAGGAGAGGUCAACAUUCUGCUUGCUGGCAAUGCAGGUUCUUCUUUCGUUGUUCAUUACUCGUCGGAGCAUACACAUACGUAGUGAUGAACAGCUUGAGUCUUGUCACAUCCGCACAUCAAGUUAUCUAGGGGACCGAGUUGCCUUGACUUUCAACUCUUUAUAGAGAGCCUUUCAGGGUUAUCGACCCAUCCGAAAGGAG